AUGUCGAAGGAUGAUCCUCCCAAAUCGAAUCCGUUCCCAUACAAGGUUGAGCUUCACGUUCAUAUCGAUGGAUCUGUUCGUCCACAGACUUUGCUUGAUAUAGCUAGUAAAAGAGAUAUCCAAUGGGAGUACAAUGACCUAAAGAGCCUUACUGACGUGAUUUGCCUCAAAGAACCAUCAUCGCUACAGCAGUUACUCCGAGCAUUCGAUACCUUUAUGCCUGUUCUUGCAGGUGACAGUGAAGCACUGUAUAGAAUAGCUUACGAAUUUUGCGAAGACUGUGCUCGACAAGGCAUAAAGUAUGCCGAGGCCAGGUAUUCCCCUCACGAAAUGGCCAACGACAGUGAAAAACCAGAACAUUCUUCGAAAUCUGGAAACCUUUCACCAAGUGACGUGGUGUCCACAAUAAGUGAUGGGCUUCAAAAAGGAUCUGAGGACUUUGGGGUGAAUGUGAAGUCCAUAUUGUGCUGCAUGAGACACCGUCCAGAGUGGUCAAUGGAAACGGUAGAUCUGUGUCGAAGGUACCAGGAUGAGGGUGUAGUGGGUAUUGAUAUAGCUGGUGAAGAGUACCCUGUCUGUGGACAAGAUAGUUCUUCAGAGUCUCUUCAUUUGAAAGCGUUUCUGGAAGCAGAACGACUUGGUAUCCAUAGAACAGCUCAUGCUGGAGAAGUUGGUUCUGCAAAGGUAGUACAGGAGGCCAUGGAUCAGCUUAAAGUGGAACGAAUUGGUCAUGGAUACGUGAGUCUUGAUGAUCCAGUUUUAUACCAGAGAGCUCUUCAUCAGCAAAUUCAUUUCGAGUUAUGUCCCAUCUCGAGUAUCCGGACGUCUGCCGUAGGGACUGACAUCAGUAAACAUCCGUUGCUUCGUUUCGCUAAGGAUAAGGCCAAUUAUUCUAUCAAUACUGACGAUCCUGUGAUUUUUACCAACUCUUUGGCUGAAGACUAUCAGAUGGCUCUUGAUGCUGGUCUAUCACGACAGCAAGUUAUUGACUCGAUCUUCAAUGCAGCAAGAUCUUGUUUUGCUCCAGAAAAAGAAAAGGAGAAAUUACUGAGAGACUUAAAACAGAUUUAUAUAACGGAAAAAGUUGAAAGAAUCGUCUAA